ACAUUUGCGUCUCACUGGGACUUGUACGAUGUUCUAUGCAUUUUUUCCUUCUAUUUACUACUAUGAAAAAUUACCAACCACAUCGUAAUGUUUCUUAAACAGAAUUUCCUUUUGAAAUAUGGUCUACACGUCACUCUCGAAAUCUAUUGGUCUCAUUGGAUCGGCGGUGUUGGCCUUCCGUUUAAUCUCCAAUUCGAGCGUAAUGGCAGCAGCAAAUCAAGGUGAUCCCAGCACAGCGAAGUCAGUUUAUGAGUUUACAGUCAAUGAUAUUAAAGGCCAACCAGUCAACUUGGAUAAAUAUCGUGGACAUGUCUUAAUCAUUGUUAAUGUGGCUUCAAAGUGUGGCUACACAGCAAAACAUUACGCUGAGUUGAAUGAGCUUUACGAUCAAUAUGCUGAGUCAAAGGGUUUACGUAUUCUUGCUUUUCCUUGUGAUCAAUUUGGCAAUCAAGAGCCAGGCAAUGCUGAAGAGAUUCAAUGCUUCGUUCGUGAUCGAAAAGUUCAAUUUGACUUGUUUGAGAAGAUCGAUGUGAAUGGAAAGACUGCGCAUCCAUUGUGGCAAUUUUUGAAGAAGGAACAAGGUGGAACAUUAUUCGAUGCCAUCAAGUGGAACUUUACAAAGUUCAUCGUUGAUAAGAACGGGAAACCAGUUGAACGUUUGCGUAUUCUUGCUUUUCCUUGCAAUCAAUUUGGUUAUCAAGAGCCAGGCAAUGCUGAAGAGAUUCAAUGCUUCGCUCGUGAUCGAAAAGUUCAAUUUGACUUGUUUGAGAAGAUCGAUGUGAAUGGAAAAACUGCGCAUCCAUUGUGGCAAUUUUUGAAGAAGGAACAAGGUGGAACAUUAUUCGAUGCCAUCAAGUGGAACUUUACAAAGUUCAUCGUUGAUAAGAACGGGAAACCAGUUGAACGUCAUUCACCCAACACAUCGCCCAAGGAAAUGUUGAAGGAGUUGGAAAAAUAUUUCGACGCUAAAGUCGAAUUGAAAAAUCGAUGGACAAACAUUUAUGCACUCACUCGACUUAUACGUUCCCACACGCUCAGUACGCAACCAUCAGGUUUACGUAUUCUUGCUUUUCCUUGUGAUCAAUUUGGCAAUCAAGAGCCAGGCAAUGCUGAAGAGAUUCAAUGCUUCGUUCGUGAUCGAAAAGUUCAAUUUGACUUGUUUGAGAAGAUCGAUGUGAAUGGAAAGACUGCGCAUCCAUUGUGGCAAUUUUUGAAGAAGGAACAAGGUGGAACAUUAUUCGAUGCCAUCAAGUGGAACUUUACAAAGUUCAUCGUUGAUAAGAACGGGAAACCAGUUGAACGUCAUUCACCCAACACAUCGCCCAAGGAAAUGUUGAAGAAUUUGGAAAAAUAUUUCGAUGCUAAAGUCGAAUUAUAA